UUCGCCAUUCGUUUGUCAUCUUCUAGUUAGACUUGGCUCUGGGUCGUCGAGGCUUUCCUUCAUCGUUCGUCCAUAUCGAAAGGAAGCCCGCUUGAGCAAUCUUCGCCCAUUCCCAGCCAUUGUCGUGGAGACUCGAGAUAGCUUCUCUCGUUCUACUGCUGCACCCUAGGAAAAAGGUCCCUUUUUUUGAGGGGUCGAUUCGGUGAUUCCUAGUCCCAAAAGAUGCAAAAAGGAGGUGGCUUUUAUUGUACCUAGCGGAGUGGUCAUGGCGACCAGGAGAGGGAGUAUAGGCAGCUUCGGGAGCGUCAGCUCGACGGUGAGCAGUGGCUUGACGGAGAUUGAGGAGGAGGCGGCAGAGGAGAAACUCUACGUCGCGGUGGCGGCGGAAUUGAAGGCCGGGAAGGCCACUUUGUUCUGGGCGAUUCAGAACACCACCAGGGACCAGACCAUUGUUCUUGUCCACGUUCUUGUACCGGCGAAGCUGAUUCCCAUGUUGGGAGGCAAGUUUCCUACAAGCUCUCUAACAACACAGCAAGUCGAUGCUUACAGGAUGUUGGAAAGAGAUAAAAUGAACAAGAGUUUGAAUGAAUACAUCAAUUUAUGCUCACAAAUGAAGGUAAAAGUGGAAAAGGCGGUGAUUGAGAUGGAUGGUAUUGCAAAUGGGCUAGUCGAGCUCAUUGAAAGACAUCGUAUCACCAAACUUGUCAUGGGAGCAGCAGCCGAUAAGCACUAUUCUAGGAAAAUGAAAGACGUUAAGUCCAAGACAGCAAUCAAUGUAAAAGAACAAGCCAAUCCAUUGUGCAAAAUAUACUUCAUUUGCAAGGGACACCUGAUCUACACCAGGGAAUCUACUCCACAUGCAUCUUGGACGACACCUAUGCCUAGUCAAAGCUCCAUGGUCAGCAAAACACCAAGUUUACCCUCAAGACAAACCUCCAUGGCCAGCCUAAGUGAGCAGUCAAGGGUACCAAAUGUUUUCUUAAGGCAAAAUGAGUCCUUUAAUUCGUAUGUAAGCACUACAGAAGAUUUGUCCAGACAAACAUCUUUUAGCUCUUUUGGCGACAGAAAUGCAGCGGCAUUGCCACCCACAUCGUCUGUUAGGAUUCCUCAUAAUAGAAGUGUUGGAUCAUCUUCCAACUAUCCAUGGGAAGGAAUUUCAAGGAGUUCUCGCAGUUCUAGUCCGUCUGUUAAUUUCGAAGACAUCAUUAACUCUUGUUUGGUAUCAGUGGCAAAUUACCACGAGAGUGAAGCCGGAUCACUAAUCUUGCCUUCAAUCAAUGGGCCUGAGAAGGAACAUAUCUUUUCACCUCCAAAUCAUGAUAUGGAAGAUCAAGGGUUAGAUGGAGACAUCUAUAAUAAGUUUCAAGAAGCUCUAAAGGAAGCCGAGAAGCUAAAAAGUGAGGCAUAUGAAGAGUAUUGCAAGCGCCAAAAAGCAGAAAUGGAUGCACUUUUGGCUCUCCAAAAGGCCAAAGCAUCAGAGCAUAAGUAUGCCAAGGAGGCAAGACUCAGGAAAGAAACUGAGGAAACACUUGUAGCGGAAAAGUUGCAAUUUGAAAAACUAAAAAAACAGUAUUCUGAUAUAUCUGAACAACUUAAAAUGACAGUCGAGCAGAAAUUGAAGUUGGAACUCCAGAUUUCUGAAGUUGAAAAUGCUGCAAGGGAUUAUGAAAAGAAGCUAUCAGAGGCACAUGAACUUCUCCGCUCUCUUCAGUUAGAUUAUGAUGUACUACAGCAGGAACAUGACAAGGCAGUUAGAGAUAUGGACGAGCUACUUCUAAAGGAAGAUCAGACAGCCAACAUUUCCAGAUCUUUCAGCUUGGAAUUCUCCUCUUCAGAACUUAAAAAAGCGACUCAAGGAUUUAGUGACUCAUUGAAGAUCGGGGAAGGAGGAUUCGGAAGUGUCUACAAAGGCUUCCUGCGAAACACAGCUGUUGCUAUAAAGUUGUUGCAUCCACAAAGUAUGCAAGGCAUAUCUGAGUUUCAUCAGGAGGUAUCCAUACUAAGUAGGGUGAGGCACCCAAACCUUGUUACCCUUAUAGGUGCUUGCUCAGAAACUUUAGCUCUCGUGUACGAGUUCCUCCCUAAUGGAAGUCUUGAAGAUCGUCUUGCCUGUAAAGAUAAUUUUGAACCCCUCUCAUGGCAGGUUCGAACACGGAUCAUUGCAGAGAUAUGCUGUGCCCUGAUCUUCCUUCACUCAAGCAAUCCCUAUCCUAUAGUCCACGGUGACCUUAAGCCUGAUAACAUUCUUCUUGAUGCCAACUAUGUGAGUAAGAUUGGUGAUUUUGGCAUCUCCCGUCUUCUCGACCAAUCUAGCUCCUGUUCCACUCUCUCCUACAAUACGACUAAUCCCAGAGGAACCUUUGCAUACAUGGACCCUGAAUAUGUUACCACUGGGGAGCUUACACCACAAUCUGAUGUCUACUCUUUCGGAAUUAUAAUCCUGCGGCUCUUGACUGGAAAACCUCCUGUAGCCAUUGUCAAACUUGUAGAGAAAUAUGUGAACAAUGAAAAGCUGCAUGCGAUCAUUGAUAAAUCUGCAGGAAAUUGGCCAUUUGCGCAAGCAAACCAGUUGGCACGUCUGGGCCUUAGAUGCUGUGCUCUCAGUCGGAAGAGCCGACCAGAUCUAGCUGGGCAGGUUUGGCAGACUGUUGAACUCUCGAUGAAGUCUGCUUCGUUAUCUGCAACAACCCUGUCAGUGAGAUCAGUCAGCAAAAACGACCGCACACCUCCUUACUUUAUCUGUCCUAUCUCCAAGGAGGUCAUGGAAAAUCCACACCUAGCAGCAGAUGGCUAUACUUAUGAAGCUGAAGCUAUGCGAAGCUGGAUCGACAGCGGCCAUGAUACAUCACCCAUGACAAACUUAAAACUUCCAAACUGCGAGCUCAUCCCGAAUCACGCACUGCGUUCAGCCAUCCAAGAAUGGCGUCAGUAGCAACCACAGUAAUUUCUGUGACCCUGUCUCAGCAGCAGCGGCAGCAGAAUUCUAUCAGCCCUCAGAAACGCUGAGGUCUUCAGGAUCCACAAUGUUGUGUUCCGAUAACUGGAAACAGUUGUGUGAUGUAAAUUCUUUAGAUUCUUAGGAAAACAGAAAAUAUAAGUGAAAAUGCAGUCUCUGACUGAGUUGCAUAAAGGUGCAUCUUGUGGAAUUGAAGCCUCACUUCGCUGCUUUUUCUUUU